AUGGAAGGUAUAAAUCUCAAUUGUCUUACUUCCCAACUUUUUCCUUGGAUUGUUGGGAUUAACGUCACAAAUCUCAAUGGAACUCUUGAAAUUACUUCGUCUUAUUCUUUUAUGGUUCUUUUCAGUGAAGAUUUCCGAAAGUCUUUUGCAAAGUUGAAGUAUCUCCAGGUCAAACAAGCAGUGAUUCAAUUGUUACUGAGGCUUGCUGAUGGUUGGCGUCCAAAAAGUAAAAGUUUUGAUUUUCCAGACUCCUUUCAGCUUGCAAAACAGUGCCGGGUCAGAGAGUUGUCUCUCGUAUGGAUGGUUGACAUUGUAAAGGAUGGAAGAUAUUUCCAGGUGCUGAAGGUCUGGGACGUUGUACCAACGACAGAAGUCCCAAAACUGCUCAAGUGUCUUGAUAACGUUUUUGCAAUGUACACCGACGUUUAUAUAGAGCACUGCAGAGUUAAAUGUGUUGAGGGAAAACUUGAAGUGCCAAUGAGCUGGAAUUUAGGAAAUGAUAUCAUACAGUAUAAGAAACUAUGCAAAACCAAACAUGUGGCUGAGGCGGGAAGCAUAGAAGUAGAACAGUAUGUGGAGAACUCCAAAGUCAGUGAGAGUUUGUUAUUGAUGAAAUUCUACUCAUUAUCAUCUGGAGUAAUGAAACACUUGCUCACUGAUAAUGAAGGGAAAGAAAUUGAUAUUCCAUUUGAAGUAACUGAGCACGAAAAGGAGAUAAUAUGCUUUCCUAGUAGCACUUUUAUUCUGGGAAGGUCAGGGACUGGGAAGACAACAGUACUGACAAUGAAGCUGAUUCAGAGGGAGCAACAAUAUCGUCUUUCUUCAAAAGGAUUAUUUGAUGUAAAGGUUGGCUUGUCUGACAUUGUGUAUGAGAAGAGUGAGCUAAGUGAGGAUCCUGUGGUGGUAAAGGAAACUUUCUUACGCCAGAUAUUUAUCACAGUCAGCCCAAAACUUUGUGCGGCUAUAAGGAGCCACAUAUAUCAACUCCAAAGCUUUACUUCUGGCGGUGACUCUUCUGGUAGUGCUAGUUCUUCUGAUAUGCAUGAUGUCAGCAACAGCUUAACUGAUUUCAUGGAUAUUUCCGAUAGUUUUAUUGAUAUACCGCACAGGCAUUAUCCUCUCAUAAUUACCUUCCACAAGUUCUUGAUGAUGCUUGAUGGGACCAUGUCGAACUCAUACUUCAAUAAAUUUCCGAGUGUAAGAGAGCUUUCUAUGGAUGCAAGAGGAGUUUCAAAGUCUCCUGCCCUCCAAGCAUUUAUCCGUAGUAAAGAGGUUACCUAUGAGCGUUUUGUAGCAACUUACUGGCCUCAUGUUAAUGCACAGCUGACAAAGAAGCUUGACCCUUCAACAGUUUUCACCCAAAUCAUUUCACACAUAAAGGGUGGAUUGGAAGCAGGUGACGCGUUGGAUGCAAACUUCGGAGGGAGGAUUACAUUAUGCUUUCUGAGGGCCGGGCGUCCACUUUAAUUAGUGAAGAAAGAGAGAGGAUUUACAGCAUUUUCCAUGACUAUGAAAAGAAAAAAGCAGAGAAUGGCGAAUUUGAUUUGUCUGAUUUGGUGACUGACCUUCACCAGCGACUUUGUGGUGAAGGCUAUGUUGGCGAGAAGGUGGAUUUUGUUUAUAUUGAUGAGGUCCAGGACCUAACGAUGAGACAGAUUGCACUUUUCAAAUAUGUAUGCAAAAAUGUUCAGGAAGGUUUUGUUUUUGCUGGUGACACGGCACAAACUAUUGCCAGGGGAAUUGAUUUCAGGUUCCAGGACAUAAGAUUUCUCUUCUACAAAGAGUUCCUUUAUGGAAUGAGGAGUGGAUCUAAGGAGAGAGGGCAGGAAAAGGAUUUUGGAGUCUCAGAGAUUUUCCAUUUAAACCAGAACUUCCGAACUCAUGCAGGUGUACUGAAAUUGGCACAGAGUGUCAUCGACUUGCUCUAUUGCUUCUUUCCAUUGUCCAUUGAUCUUUUAAGUCGUGAGACUAGUCUUAUAUAUGGAGAAGCACCGGUGAUACUUGACUUUGGGAAUGAUGAGAAUGCCAUUAUAACAAUUUUUGGGAAUAGUGGAAGUACUAGGGGUUGGGUGAAUGGAGGGUUUGGAGCCGAUCAAGCGAUUUUAGUUCGUGAUGAUUGUGAUAAGAAGCAAAUAUUUGACCAUGUUGGAAAACAAGCUCUUGUUCUAACAAUCGUUGAGUGCAAGGGGCUCAAAUUUCAGGUGGUAUAUAGAGUUCAAUCAACUUGACUGUUUACAGGAAUUAAUGAUC